UGGAGUCUCGCGACCCACCAAGGGCGAAGCGGGAGCCAGUAGACUGCUGCUGACGAUUAUUUUAGGAUUAUUUUGGGUAAACGCGGGACCCUUGGGGAACCGGGAAAGCGGCCCGAACGGCCAGCUAAAUCCGAAGCUGUGAUCGGCAACGUGCCGCCAUUUUUAGCGUCCGCCUUCAAAAAAAUACUCAAGCCGCGCACGAUGACAAGGUACUCUCCGAACCCUUGUGACGGCAGAUUGAUGAAAUUGCAUGGGACCCCUUUGCGUUUCCGUCGUCCUUGGGGAGGACGACUCAAAUGCUCAUCAACUGGCCAAGGUCCCGAAGAACCGCACUGCUCAUUGCACCCUGGCCCCUAGGAGGGAGCGUCCCAGACGUCCUGAGCCUUACGAACGCCCCUGAAACUUGGGCCAGUCUUAAGCUGGUGGUAUUUUUUGUGCUAAUCCCGCCAAGAAUGAGGUCCGAGACAAGCAUUAAAUUGGCUCUGGCAGCUCCUGUGCGGAGUGAGUGUACCGUUCUACUUCAUUCAUUCUCUUUUUGGAAGGCAACAUUGAAGGAGAGAGGCGCCCACUUUUAAUAAUCCUGGGCAUGUAUUUCUGGCAUGUUCCUAGAACAUUCCUGGGGGGCGAUAUUCAUGAUAUUUUCAUGGUAUCAAGAGAGAAUGAGCGUUUGCAAAAGGGACCGCUGCGAGGAGGUAGCUCGUAUAAUUGUAGGAGCUUGCCGACUAGCACAUCCUUGAUGAAAAAUCGAGCUUAUGGUGCAAAGACGAUCCAAGAUGACCACAAUUUACCCCUCACCUGCGUGGAUGGGCCGUUGAAACCGACCGCCGACUUGAGAGCCGAAAUUCAAAGAGCGUCCAAUCAAAACAGUUUCCCAAAAGAGGAGAAGAACGAAAGACCAACGUAUAGGCCAGCUAACUUUCAAAUAAUCUCUCUACCAAUCAUGCGCGCUAUGGCGGACCAUCCAUGCGGGACCAAGGAUUGCGGGGUUUCUUUCCCAUGACCCCAACAGAUGAAAUUGGUGACGAUUCGAAAUUUAUAAAAGCCAUCCUCCCCUCAGUUUUCAGUUUCUUCAAGGAUUGUCGAUUUUCAAGAUUGUAAUCACCUAGAAUCUGCCACCACAAUCUCCAAACACCAUGACCGAACUCGACGCCCUUAUUGUCGGAGCCGGUUUCGGCGGAGUGUAUCAACUGUGGAAGUUGAGGAAUGAAGGAUAUCAGACCAAACUCGUUGAAUCCGGGUCUGAUUUUGGAGGUGUUUGGUACUGGAAUUGCUAUCCUGGAGCAAGAGUGGACUCUGAUAUCCCACACUAUGAGUUUUCGAUGCCUGAGAUCUGGAAGGAAUGGACUUGGUCCGAACGUUUCCCUGGAGGGCCGGAACUUCGAAAGUACUUUGCACAUGUGGACCAAAAGCUUGACCUUCGCAAAGACUGCCUCUUCGACACCACAAUCGCUUCCGCCAUCUUCAAUGAUAAUGACAAGAAAUGGCACGUUACAACUCAAGGCUCUGAAACUUUUAAGGCCAAGUUCCUCUUGCUCAAUACUGGCUUUGCAUCGAAACGAUACACACCAGACCUGAAAGGUCUGGAUACUUUCCAGGGCCAAUGGCUGCAUUCCUCUUUCUGGCCCCAGGAAGGUUUGGAUAUGACCGGCAAGCAGGUAAUAAUCAUGGGAACCGGUUCGACCGGAGUGCAAAUCACCCAGGAAGCCGCAAAGGUUGCAAAGGAGGUCACGGUACUGCAACGAACCCCAAAUCUUGCUCUUCCGAUGGCGCAAAAGAAAUACACCAACGGAGAACAGAAACAACCCCGAGAUCAGUAUCCAGACCUUUUCAAAAUACGACCGACAACCUUCGGAGGGUUCAUGUGGGACUUCAAGGGAAGGAACACAUUCGAUGAUUCCCCUGAAAAGCGCCGCGAGUUCUAUGAAGAGCUCUGGAAGCAAGGCGACUUUAGCUUCUGGCUCGCAACCUAUCAGGACAUGCUUUUCGUCAAAGAAUCCAACGAAGAGGCCUAUAACUUCUGGAGGGAGAAGACCCGCCAGCGUAUCAAGGAUCCCAGGAAACGAGACAUUCUUGCACCCAUGAUCCAGCCCCACGCAUUUGGAUGCAAGCGCGUCUCCCUGGAACAGGACUAUUACGACGUAUUCAACCAAGACAACGUCGAUGUGUUAGAUAUUAAAACGCAUCCUCUUGUAGAAGUCACUUCAAAGGGCAUUAAAACCACAGAGAAAGAGGUUGAGGCUGACCUCCUGAUCCUCGCGACGGGCUUCGAUUCCUGCACGGGUGGCAUGAAACAGAUCGAUAUCCGCGGACCCUCCGGUAUUUCCCUCACUGACAAGUGGGUUAAUGGCUCCCUCACCUAUUUGGGAAUGUCUGUCUCUGGCUUCCCCAACAUGUUCUUCACCUAUGGUCCCCAGGCGCCCACUGCGCUCUGCAACGGCCCGACUUGUGCGGAGCUGCAGGGCAAUUGGAUUGCCGACUGCAUGAAUUAUAUGCGGGAGAAGAACCUUUCGACCAUCGAUGCAACACUCGAGGCGGAAGCAGCUUGGAAACAGGAUGUCCACGACUUUGCGCAUGCUAGUUUGCUUCCUACCGCUAAAUCGUGGUACAUGGGAGACAACAUUCCAGGAAAGCCACGAGAGUCAUUGAACUAUCUCGGGGGUGUUCCGCGGUACAUGAAGACCUGUAGAACCUGCGCUGAGAAAGGUUAUGAAGGCUUCGUGUUGGCGUGAGAGUCGUGCUUGCGCUCUUAUACCUAGCUGCCAGGAGCUAGGUUCAACUGGAAAAUAAGCUGGGUGUAUCUAACAGAGGAACAUCGCAAGGAGCAUGGUGUCCUCUCUCAAUUUUCUCUUGCAGUCAAUCCUUUUGAUUUUUAGCAUUGUGGCCAACAAUUGAACUGGUGUACUGAAGGUUGUUGGUCUGUGCGUCGAUGGCUUGUUCCCCAGAAAGGGUUUAGUUUAUUUUUUUUUUUUUUAUUUUUUUUUUUCAAUCUAUCAAACGUUCCAUCCCAUCGUUGUUGCUCUGAGCAUUAAUUAAUUUACAUAUUUUAUUGGUUUUAUGACAUGCACUAUUCAGUUGAAAAUCAUUGGUCCCCUGGUAUACAGUCCCUCUUUGAGUAUAGAAUUGUAUUUGUAAAUGCUGGUUAAUAGCGGAUUGAAAGUACAGAUCGCGUAAAGGCAUGGUAUCUUCAGGGUAGAUAUAGGAUAUUUUCCCGCAAAUUUUCAACAAAUAUAAAAUGCAGUAAACAAUGUUGUGAUUGUAAUAGUCCCAUCUUGCAAUAGCAAAAGCACCGAAAGUCAACACCCAGA